AAAAUCUGUCCACCCUCUCCAGAUCUUCCACACUUAUGGCAAUGUUUAGCAGUGGUGAAUGGCUCUGGAAUGACUCUGAGCAUUCAUUCACCCCUGGGGGAAACUACAGCCCAGCGUCAGGCGUUGAAGAAGCGAAGAGGAAUUAUUAUGCCAUGCUCUAUUCCCUGCUCAUCCUGGCUAUCGUGUUUGGGAAUGUUCUGGUUUGCAUUGCUGUGCUUCGAGAGAGAGCUCUUCAGACCACCACCAACUACCUGGUGGUCAGUCUGGCAGUGGCUGAUCUGUUGGUCGCCUCACUGGUCAUGCCUUGGGCAGUUUAUUUGGAAGUGGUCGGCGGAGCUUGGCUUUUCAGUCGCCUGUACUGCAAUGUCUUUGUGACCCUGGAUGUGAUGAUGUGCACCGCAAGCAUACUUAACCUGUGUGCCAUCAGUAUCGACAGGUAUACAGCUGUGGUGAUGCCCGUGUUAUACAACACCACCCACAGCUCCCGCAAAAGGGUUUCAGUCAUGAUUGCCACGGUUUGGGUCCUCGCCUUUGCCGUCUCCUGCCCUCUACUGUUUGGAUUCAACACUACAGAUGACCCUGCGGUGUGCUCAAUUUCGAACCCUGAUUUUGUUAUCUACUCCUCCGUGGUGUCGUUUUACUUGCCGUUUGCAGUGACCCUUCUGGUCUAUGUGCGCAUUUACAUCUUUCUCAGAAGGAGGAGGAAGAAAAUCACCUUCCGCCAAGGCAGUGGCAAAGUUCAGCCAGCAUCCGCUCCACCAUCAGUGGAGAUGUGUUUACAAGACGACGCACACAAAGAGAAAAGAGACCUUUCCCCCAUCAGGAUCAAUGUGAUAACUGAAAGCAAGGAGCAGGUGAUCCGUCCGCGGCUCCUAGCCAACUGUCUGAGGCGCAAACGGCCUCAAACAGCACCUGCCGAGAACUCGUUGCUGCCUCCGGUGAUCACGCUGAAUUACUGCAGCAUCAGCCAAGCGUCUUUUGCUCGCACUGAACAAGAUGCAAACCGCGAGGAAGAGGAGGGUGGGGAUGAGGAGCAGGUGGCGGUGAGGAGCUGUGAGGUGAAGAAGUUGGCAAACGGACGCACACACACAAGCCUGCGGCCACCCCGGGCCGCACACGCCAUGGUUUGCCCCAGUCAGGCACGCUGCAGAAGUAUGCACUCCAAGGAGAAGAAAGCCACGCAGAUGUUGGCCAUCGUUCUGGGUGUUUUUCUUAUUUGCUGGCUGCCUUUCUUUGUGACCCACAUCCUCAACACUCAUUGCAGAGCUUGUCACAUUCCUCCUGAGGUCUACAGCGCCUUCACUUGGCUCGGCUACGUCAACAGCGCUCUCAAUCCCGUCAUCUACACCACGUUCAACAUCGAGUUUCGCAGAGCCUUCAUUAAAAUCCUGAGCUGCUAA